AGGUGCUCACAGACUCGGGCGUACUAUAAGCGGAGCGGACUACGUGUAAAAAUGUCCGUGAAAAAUCCCCGCGAUGUGAAAAAUACAUGCCGAACAGUCUUUUGUGUGACACUGGUGCGCGGAGCGAAGUCCGCGCGGUUGUGCUUUGCGCGCACAGGGCUUUCGGACGUCCACUUUUACCGGGCGGACCUCCGCGGCGUCUGCUCUGCGUACAUUCUGCCCGAGUAUGCGGUCCAGUCGGUCUCAAAAAAUAAAACCCGGUCCAAGAUGGAGUACCGGACCGAAUUGGUAUUACCGAGAACCGACCCAACCCUAGCAACGAGUGGGACCUGUUGCCCAAUAUUCAUGGUCUCGAUGUGUCCUGGGAUGAUACAGAAACUACCAAACGCUGUGUAACUACGUUAGAGGAUUUCCCCCCUCUGAUCAACAGGGCAGUGCUGGAUACCUUUUUUCAUGUGCCCAAAAUAAAUUGGAGAAGGCGGCCAAAACCACAGGAACCAAAUGGUCAACUAUCCAUCAAUGCCAGAGGAAGUGGUUACAGUGUUGUGCUACGGCCAUAGUUUGGGACUGUCAUGAAGGCCAGAGCUUGUACAAGAAGGGAGUACAGCGCCAUCUUCCUCGUUCUGGCCGUGGCUGUCUUAAUCUUAGUGCUGUGUAACAUGGCAGUUCUGGAGUUUCACCACAAAGUGAACUCCACCAUCAUCGUCCCAAAAGUUUCCACUGAUCCUGACAUGAAUCAAAGCUUCUGCACCUUCCAGCCACUCUCCCCUGAGGACGCUCUGGAGGAACGCCUCCUACUAGACUCCAUUGCUUGGCCUGAAACUCCACCUUUGCCAGCUCCUGUUUCCCUGGAGCAGACCAGUGAUCCAGCUCACAGCACCUUCACCGUUCUCCCAAGGAGGGGAGGAGGACAGUGGCAUGUAGGGGAUCAGCUGGAGGUCAUGAUAAAAAUGUCUGACUUCCAUGGUCAUCCCAAGAAGCAUGGGGGGGACUUCUUACUCGCCCGGCUCCACAACCUGAAGCUUGGUGCAGGUGUAGCUGGGCAAGUGUUGGAUCAUCUCAAUGGGAGCUACUCUGCUGUAUUCUCUUUACCCUGGGAAGGAGACGCGCAGGUUGAGGUGAUGCUGGUUCAUCCUAGUGACGCUAUCCUAGUGCUGAACAGGCUGAACAGAGAACAUCCUGACAGGAUUUUGUUCAAGAGCCUCUUCCGCUCAGGCUCACUCUCUGAAACUACUGACUGUAACGUCUGCCUACGUCCAACCCAGCAGCUGCUGUGUAACUACACUGACGUCCGAACAGGCCAGCCUUGGUUCUGCUACAAGCCAAAGAACCUGAGCUGUGAUGCCAGAAUCAGCCAUGCCAGGGGACAAAAUGGUCGAUUCAUCAAAGCCAAUGAGGAGAAGCUAUUUCGAAGUGGAGUCAACUUAAAAGUCUACAUUCGGGCUUCAGGACCUGCCAGGUUCACUGUGUUGCCAAAAAAGAAAGGUCAACUGGAGGUGAAGAGUAGCAGUGUGACAUCUGGACCCUCUGGCUAUUACUACCAGGGUGCGUGGCGAGCGCUAGAUGGAACAACAGUUCAACAGUUCAACACCUCUUCUGCUAUCACUGAGUGUCUGAAAGGGAAGAAGGUCCACCUGUAUGGAGACUCCACUGUCAGACAGUGGUUUGAAUUCCUCAACAAAAACCUACCAGAUCUUAAGGAGUUUCACCCACAGGGCCGGACGAAAUUUGGACCUUUCAUGGCCAUAGACAAUGCAAACAGCAUCAUGGUGACAUUCAACUUCCACGGCCCUCCUUUAGUCAGUUUUAUCAGGGUCCCACCUACCACAUUUUAUUACAUUGCCAAUGAAAUAGACCGCUUAACCGGAGGCACCGACACCAUUGUAGGAGUUGGCAUCUGGGCUCACUUCCCCUCUUUCCCCAUAGAGCUCUACAUCCGACGGUUGCAGAGCAUCCGCAGGGCAGUGGUGCGGCUGCUGACCAGGGCUCCAGGGACAGUGGUUAUCAUCCGGACAGGACACCCCAGAGCUUUGACAUUUGAUCUGUCGCUAAUCUUCAGUGACUGGUACUCACUUCAGCGUUACAAGGUGCUCAGAGCCAUGUUUAAAGGAAUGAAUGUUCAUCUGAUCGAUGCCUGGUCUAUGGUCCUGGCCCACCACCUGCCACACAACAUCCACCCACUACCUCCCAUUAUUAAAAACAUGAUUAAUAUUCUGUUGUCCCAUGUGUGUCCUCAAAACAGCACCUAGGUGUGUGUUGAUAGGGGGAGGGAGUCUAGAUUCAAGCAUGCGAAGUUUACAUGUUGUCUACAUGUUGAGAAAUUAAGAGAACAGGGGUGGUGAGUGUGAAUGUUAAACACAGGAGAAAACAGAUGCUCCUAUUGAGUCACUGAGUGAGUCAUGAGUCGUUAUGUAAACUGUUAGACUGUAUAUUGAUUUUGUGUUUUGUUAUUUUUGUGAUGUGCAGGUGAAACACUGUGCAGCUGAUGCAUAGGCCAAACAGCUGAUAAAGUGUUUUCACACUUGGUCCUUUUCAGCCACCCAAAUGUGCACAAAUGUGAACACUCCAAGAGAACUCGGUGGUCUGAGUUCAGUUUGCUUCAAGUCUGUGGUGUGGUUCACUUAACCUGUGCAUUUUGAACAAAAAAGGCUCUGGGUCCGCUUUGCCUUUUGCUAUUGUAUUGUAGCCCUCCAAACGUGCUGUAGACAGAUCACACGCUAUUUCAGUGAGAUGCAUAAUCAGUGGACGAGGAGUACUUUGGUCUGAUGAUGAAACAACUGCACUCCCCCAGAUAUGGAACGAGGACAACAUCAAACAGCAGCUUUCCACAACGCACAGAAACACUAAGGUUUUCCUCCCACAUUAAAUUCAUAACCACACUGCAGUGCCACAUCAAAGUGUGUGUGUGUGUGUGUGUGUGUGUGUGUGUGUGUGUGUGUGUGUGUGUGUGUAGGCGUGUGUGUGUAGGCGUGUGUGUGUAGGCUAUAGUGUGAACAGAAAGAGGACUGAGGCCCCAUCAAAGCUGAAGUGGACCAGAAAGAGAACUGAGACCCCUUUCUGUUGGUCCACUUUUUGGUCCACUUUAAGAGAACUGAGUUCGGUUCACCUAAAAAGGACCAAGUGAAAAAACACCCUAAAACUCCAAAGUUCUGGCUUGGCUUGUUGUGUCUGUAUGAACUACACAAUCAAGUCAUUUGCAUCUGAUCCUGCUCCAUCAAGUGUUUUCUACAGACUAUUUUUAUGACUCAAGUGAUUUUGACAAAAGGGUUUUUGACCAAGAACUAACCUGAACUCCAGACCACUUUUCUGGCCAAGGUUGGGAACAAAUUUGUUAGUGUAAUGUACCUGUUUAGUCUUAUGCUUUAGUAUCAGUUGACCUUUAAAAAUACAUGUCCAGGCAGUAUACUCUGCUUGAUCAUAACCAGUCACACCUUGGUUUAUUGUUUCAUGUAUCCACAUAAUGUGCACACACACUCAUUGGUGUAUUGUAUUGGAUGCAGGAUCUGACAGGAUCUGAUGUUCAAGGACUGAAGUGGGAAGUACCUAGGAUCUGAUAGGAUGUGAUGUGCAUGUAUGACACCAUUAUGUUUGGGCUUAUGUGUAAAUGUCCCAUAAAUGCCUUGUGAAAGAGUGUUACAAGUGUUAAAAACUCUUAACAACACUUACCUGCCGGAUGAGUUAAUCUGUGAGCAUUCUCGGAACCCAUCGGCUGUAUUUGGCGUCUGACUUCCGGCAGACGGCGAUACAGCUCUGGGGGCAGGCCCCCUGAUUUUUUGGCAUUCCAGUUUGGAGGAGGCGAAUAUCCGUUUCCGACUUCCGUUUCCUCCCCCCGAUCAUAUAAGUAGAUAUGCUGAACCAUUGCGGUGGAUUCAGAGUUUUCAGUGACGCCAAUUAUGUUCCACCUCGUUAGUUCACCGCACGGACCGUUUAACCUGGCAACAACUGCAGCCAGCUCAAACGUGAUUGGUCAAUAUCACACGGAUUACAAACAGUCUACAACCGGAAACCAGGGCUCUUCCGCUCUUCUUCCAGAGGCAAGAUCUCCGGGG